CACUUAAAACCAACCUAUUAUAACACAUUAUCAAACUAACCGUCUUUUAGAAACAAGCCUACUAAUACAAAAAAAAAAAAAAGAACCCUCAUAGUUCUAGGCAAAGUACCGCAAUCCUUUAAUCCAAUGCCAUGAACACCAACAAAUUUUGGUUUUGGUCGUCUGUUACAGCCAUUGCUCUCCUUUCCUUCGUACUCUCCUUUUACACCACUAACAUCUCUAUAAGGGGCAUUGAAGUCAUAUUUAUGAAAAGGAUCUUUGAGCAAAGUGGAAUUUAUGAGAUCUUCUCUUUUAUAGGAAAAAGUCUCGGUCUGACGAGGAGUGGGGUCACUUGUGAUACCACUAAGUGGAAGUCUGCACUCAUAGCAAAAUACAAAGUUGAGCUUGUUUUGACUGUUGAUCAAAAUGGUUGUGGGAAGUUCAAUACUUUACAGAAGGCAGUGGCCGCUGUUCCGGAUAAUAGCCCGAAACCAACACUGAUCAUUCUUGAUGCAGGCACAUAUAAGGAGAAAGUGUUGGUGGGCGUAAAGAAAAUCAAUUUGAUAAUUCAAGGUCAAGGUUAUCAAAAGACAAUGAUCACUUGGAAUGACACUGCAGCUUCAUCUAAAGGCACUAUCUACAGCUACACAGUUUGCAUUGAUGCUAAAAAUUUCAUUGCUUACGACAUCGGCUUUAAGAACACAGCUCCUCGUCCAGCGCCAGGUGCAGUUGGAGGACAAGCUGUAGCACUGAGAGUCAGAGGAGAUCAAUCAGCUUUCUAUAAUUGCGGGUUUUUUGGAUUUCAAGACACUCUUAAUGAUGCUGAAGGAAGGCAUUAUUUCAAACACUGUCACAUUGAAGGAACAGUAGAUUUUAUCUUUGGGAAUGCUAGAUCACUCUACCAAGAUUGUGAAAUUAACUCGGUACCCAGUGGUGCUAAGGCCAUUGGAGCUAUAGCAGCACAACAAAGAGCCUCAACUAAAGAGAAAACAGGGUUUUCUUUUGUGAACUGUAAGAUAGGAGGAAGUGGCAAGUUAUUUCUCCAGAUGGCUGGAAUGAUUGGAGAGACCCCAAAAGAGAUCAGUUAGUUUACUUUGGAGAGUAUGGGUGCUCUGGUCCAGGAGCAAUAAACGUUCUUAGGGUUAAAUACGCAAAGAAACUGACCAAAGCUGAAGCAGCUCCGUUCAUGGAUAUCUCUUAUGUUGAUGGAAGUACGUGGAUUAAAUAGUAGUAAGAACAUUUAGAACUAUAAAUUCAAAUAAGAUGAAUGUCUUCUAUCACAUGUUCAUAAGUUACUGCGAGAAUAUAUCGUUCUAACACAAAGAAAAUGAAAACUGAAAAAAAAAAAAUAUGCAUGAGUACUUUAAAUUCCAUAAGAUGUUUCGUAUCCUUUAUUUUUCUUUGAUAUAACAUAAUGAAAAGGAG